AUGGCCCACAACCCUCCUUACAAAAUAUGUUUUGUACCCAAGAGCAGAGAAGAAGAGGAAGAAGAUGAGAAAAUCUACAAAAGAUACAGAGAGAUUGUUGCCAAACUUCCCACAAUAGAAGGUUGGACAGGUAACCAGCUCUACCAAUACCAAGGCUUUUGGCACAAUUCAAAACUUGUUGGUGUUGGACCAUUGGCAGUUCAAGAUCACUUCAAGCCACAACCUGAUGACAUUCUUAUUGCUAGCACCCCCAAGUGUGGCUUAACUUCGCUGCAAUCAUUAGUCUUUGCUGUCAUGAAUCGCAAAUCCCAUCCUCCUUCAUCUCACCACCACCCUGUGCUCAUAUUCAACCCACAUGAUCUAGUGCCACUGAUAGAGACAAGUCUAUAUAGUAGCUAUGUCAAUGGCAAUCGAAUUCCUAACCUUGACAUCCUUCCGUCGCCUAGACUGUUUAGCACACACAUGCCUUUUGCAUUGCCACCGCAAUCAGAGACUCCCCGGAUUGUUUAUAUUUGCCGGAACCCUAAGGAUAAUCUUGUAUCAUGGUGGCAUUUCGCAAACAAUUUAAGGUUGAAUAUUUCAUUGGAGCCUAUGAAAUUGGAAGAAGCCUUUGAGAGGUAUUACAAAGGGAUGACUACAUGUGGUCCAUUUUGGGAUCAUGUGUUGGGUUAUUGGAAAGAAAGCUUGGAAAGGCCUCAAAAUGUGCUCUUCCUCAAGUAUGAAGAGAUGGUGGCUGAACCAGCUCUUCAUUUGAAACAAUUGGCAGAGUUCGUGGGGUACCCAUUCGAAGAGAAGGAAGAGAGGGAAGGGGUGAUUGAUCAAAUAACAAAGCUCUGCAGUUUCCAGAAUUUAAUCAAUUUGGCAGUGAAUAAAACUGGAACAAGUUAUCCUACUAUUUCAAACAGCAUCUUCUUCAGGCAAGGUAAAGUUGGAGAUUCCGCAAAUUGCCUCGCACCUGAGAUGAUGGAGCAGCUUGACCGCAUCACCGGGCAAAAAUUUCAUGGUUCGGGCUUAACACUGUAA